AGCUGUUUACAGGUAGCUUAGUUUAGCUAACUAGUAGUUUGUUGUUGUUGGUUAGCCCGUUUACACUCGGUUAUGAUGGGAAGAGACACUCAGCUAGCUAACGGUGCUACUUUGGUGCUAAGCUAGUCGUCCAGAAGGUUCGUUCGCUGAGUGACCCGGAGAGAUGUCCAGUCGCAACCUGCCCCCGGUGCGCCAUUUGCCCCACUGGACCCGAGUCGGCCGCCUCGAGAAGCCCUGUUCCCCGCGACGUGUACCGGCGAACCGGCUGCAGCCGCUGCCUGCUGUCCCGCCGGCGGACAGAGGAGCGGGGCCGGCGGCCGCGGAGCAGCCCCGUCCCCGCGGCAUGGACCCCCGCGUCGAGUCGCUGCAGAGGAACAUCCAGUUCCUGCAGCAGCAGCACCGGGACACUCUGGAGAAGCUGCACGCAGAAGUAGAGUACCUGAGACGGGAGAACAAAGAGCUGCAGUACAAGCUUAUAAUGGAGCUUCCCAGGUCCAGCAGAAAAGGACUGACACACAGCCGGCGAGACCCUCGGCCGCCCACCCAGGGCAGGGAGGCCCCGUCUGGACUCUACCUGGAGGAGCCGCUGCAGGACACGAGACCCUUACAGGACCAGGCUCCCAGCAUCGGCGAAGGCGGCGACAUCGUGGGCUCGGCCAGGCAGCAGGACCACGGCGCAGACGUGAAGGGACGCCUCAUCACCUCGCUGCAGCCGCUACGAAUCCACAGCAGCCCCUCACAUCCGCCUCGAGCUCCCACGCUGCAGGAGUGUGAGGUCAUCAUCCGGCAGCUUUACAACGCCAACAGCUUACAGUCUCAGGAGAUCCUACGAGUGAAGGCGCUGCUGAGAGACAUCGUCCUGAGCAAGAAGAUCACCCCAGAAAACUACAUCCUGACCAAGGCCUACCUCCUCGACGGGACUCACAAAUCUUUAGAAGAAAAGAAAUUUCCAAAACUUGGUCUUCAAUCAUUUCCAGAUAAAAUGUCUGCAGCCUCCCAGUCUGGACUCGUCCUCCCGGCCCUCAAGCAGAGCCUCGGCUCCACCGUCGCAGACAGACAGAGGAGGACGCGAGCUGUGCAGAGAGACCGGUUUAAAAGGACAGUGCACUGACGGGACCAGAGCUACCGCGGCGUGGAGCUUCUAACGGUCUGAACAGCCUCGGGACGCAAAUUAAAUAAAUUCUCAGUGAUGGAGAUCGA